AUGAACAAAGAAUUAGUUGAUUUAAAUAGUUUAAUAGAAUUUAAAAGUUUAAAGGAACUUCAAGAAUAUCCAUUCAAAGAAUUUAUAACAACAUUAGUAUAUAGAGGUUCAGAAGUUUUAACAAAAGAAGAUUUACCAAAGAAUGAGAAUGGUAUUUUAAAAGUUAUUAAAUUAACUGAUAUUAGUCAAUCCAAUAUUAAUGUUUCAAUUAUACCAGAAGGAGUUGAAGAAUUACAUUUCCCAUUCGAGAAUGAAACAGUUACAACAAAUUUAAAAAAUGGUGGUUCAUUACCAAAAUCAAUUAAAUCAAUUUAUAAUUUCAAUAUAAACAGUGAAAUUGAUUAUUUAAUUGAUUCAACUACAAUUCCAAAUCAUAUUACAACAUUAUCAUUUAGAUGUUAUUCAAAUUUUAAUGGUAAUAUUAGUAAUAAUAAUAAUAAUAAUAAUGAAAAUUUUAAAAUACCAACAACAAUAACAUCAUUAACAUUUGGUGAUGAUUGGAAAAAUGGUGGUCACCAAUUAAAAAGUGGUGAUUUUCAUGAAGGUUUAAAGAAUUUAGAUAUCAUUGGAUACGAUAAACCAUUAACAAGUGGUGUUUUACCGCAGUCACUUGAAUCUUUAUCAAUUGGUCAUUCAAAUGAUUAUAUAUUACCACCAUCAAUUUUUCCUAUUAAUUUAAAGAAACUAUCAAUUAGUAGUCAAUUUAAUAAAGGAUUAACCGUACCAACUAGUUCAAUACCAAAAUCAAUUACAUCAUUAAAAUUAAUGUCAACUGGUUUUGAAAUUGAUGAGUUUUUAUAUAGAAACUCUACAAUUAAAAAUUUAGAAAUUUAUAUAUCUUUAAAAGAUCCAAAACAAAUCAUUACAAAAGAAAUGUUACCUUCAAAUUUAGAAUCAUUAACAGUUUCAACUGAAUCAAAUAUAAUUGAAAAUAAUUCAUUACCAAUCACUUUACAAUCAUUAAAUUAUUCAAUUCAAAAUUCAAAUUCAAAUAUUUAUGAAUUACUUAAUAAUGGUUUCUUAAAUCAAGGUUUAAAAAAAUUAAUUAUUAAUUUACCAAAUAAUAAUAAUAAUAAUAAUAAUAAUAAUAAUAAUAAUAAUAAUAAUAAUAAUAAUAAUAAUAAUAAUAAUAUUAAUAAUAAUAAUAAUAAUAAUAAUAACAUUGAUGAUAAUUGUAUCUUCCCAAAUUCAUUAAAAGAAUUAACAUUUGGAAAUGAUUUUAAUAUUAAUUUAAGUAAUGGUGGAUUUUUCAAUGAAGGAUUGCAAGUAUUAAAAUUUGGUUAUUCAUUCAAUUCUGAAAUUGAAUUAGGUUUAUUACCAAAAUCUUUAAAACAUUUAGAAAUUGGUGGUUGUUUUAAUAAUAAAAUUAAAAUUGGAUGUUUACCAAAUGGCUUAAAGAUAUUAAAAUUUGAUGAAUGGGGUAAUUUUAAUCAACCUUUUGAAUUUAAUGUUUUACCAACUGAAUUGGAACAAUUAUUUUUACCAAAAUGUUAUAAUCAACCAUUAUUAUCACCAGGUAUUUUACCAUUAACAUUAAAAGUACUUCAAAUUCCAAAAAAAUUAAAAACUGAUAAUUUAAUUAAUGAUUCUUCAAUUCCGUCAUCAAUUUUAAUAAUUAAAUUUAAUUAA